AUGACAACCUCAAAUUUUUCAAUCGAAGAUCUAGCGACUGCUUUAAUUGUCAGAUUAGACCGCGCAAAGAUUUUUCCUCCUGAAUUUAAUAAUCCUGAAUAUUUUAAUGUUCAUCAAGAAGCAAAAAGACGAGGUACUUGUAAUAUGCGAGUGAUAAGUAAAGUUACAGGAAUUUUAUGGAGAAAUGCAUCAUUAGAAGAGAAAGAAGUUUAUGAAAGACUUGCUGACCAAAAUACACCUUUAAGACCUGUGGCAUAUAAACCAUAUCAAAUUCCAAUUCCUCCUUCUACAUUUCUGGACACCGCAGCAAAAUUAACAAAAACAAAAAUUUAUUAUUAUUAUUAUGAUUAUGAUGAUUAG